GACAUUUUUUUCUCUCUCUCUCUCUGUCAUGGGUGAUGUUCGAGCUGUGUGAGGGCCGUCCAAAUUCAUCAGUUAAGUGAAAAUUUUCCCCAGCGGACUGCGCAACGGAAUAACUUGACGUCAACUCGCCAUGGCACAUUCGAGGAGAACGGCUCUGAGCAGUGGACCUCGCCCCAUGCCAUCACCACCACCACCCUAUUCAUCAUCGCACACCACGCUGUCUCCUCCACAUUUAAACCAUCCACAAGACUAUACACGAAGUAAGUCGCUUCGUAUUGAGGUCACUCGAGGCAGCAGUAGCUCGGACAGCGAUGUGAACGCCGACACUGCGAAAUACACACCCAACGAUGUGCCGUGCGCAAGUAGCUCCAGAAGACGUUCCUCCAAUGACGACACGUCUCGCAGAAAAACUACGUGCCACGAAAUUGAAAUUCUCAGAACCAUCAGGAGUCGGUCACCGCCGAGAAAUCGCGACAUAGAGGAAAGUGAGGAAGUGGAUGAAGAAGAAGUGGAUCGAGCGCGAGAUAAACCACGAAAAUCGAAUCGGAUUAGCUUGCUCCCGAGCAACAUCAUCGAUAGAACGGAGAACCACCGUGGCAGCACUUUUGCACUCAAGCGAUACAGGUCCUCUUCUAAGAAGCGGCGGAAAACGAAGUCUGCUGCGCCUGUUCCGACACUUCAGGCACCACUGGCCUUAGAAAUCCCAGUCCAACAACCACCGAAAUCGCGGUCUUCUGGCAUCUGCGGAUUCUUUGCUUCUCUACUGGGUGCAAACUCUUCGGAGUCACCGCAGGUGCCCCCGUCAUCUCCUUUAAUUAUUAUCGCUCCUGUACCUUCGGCGACGUCUGUUCCUGCUCCCUCCGACUCUUCGUCAUCGGAAGAGUUGCAGCCAGAGUUUGAAGUGUGUCGCUUGGAUGAGGACGGCAUAGAUCUGAUCUGCAGCAAAAUCGACCUGAGGAGUAUGGUGAUUGAUCAGAUAGAGGAAAAUGAGGCGAGGAGUGGGAAACAGCCGAUAAAAGUAACAAGGAGUAGAAGGAAGAAGAAAAUGAAGAAAAAGAAGGAAGAAAAGAAGAAAGAGGAGAAGGGGAUAAUAAAAGAAGAGGAAGAAGUGAAGAAGGAAGUAUUCAAGAUUACUGAAGAGGUCAAGCCCAAGGAGGAAGUCGCAAGGAAAGAACAUGAAGAACCAAAAAAGGCAGAGGCAACACAAGCGAAAGUGGCAGAGGCAAAAGCAUCCAUCCCUGUGCCGCCCAAAGUGGAAGCUGCGUUGGUUCUUGAUGAUCAAGUUUCACCAGAACCACUUCCACAGAGGACUCCAAAAUUUGACAUCGGUGAACUGCUGCAAGUUGACGUACCAGUAAUAUUUGUCUUUGGAGGUCCCGGCUCCGGUAAAAGGACCCAGUGUGCUAUGAUAGCCGAAAAGUACGGCUUUACGCACAUCCUUUCAAGCGAUCUCGUUCGAGAUGAGGUACAAGCUGGCACGGACGUUGGAAAGGCGAUAAGUGGCGUCCUGGAACGCGGAGAACUCGUGCCUCUGGAAUACGUUAUUUUUGUACUGAAGCAAAACAUUAAGAAGGUCCUAGGAACCUCAAAGGGGUACCUGAUUGACGGUUUUCCCAGAAAUGUGACCCAAGCGGAGAUAUUCCAAGAAAGAGUGUGCAAGAUCACUCAUGUGGUCUACUUUGAGGUGUCAAACGAGACGAUGCUGAAAAGAACUCUGGAACGUACCAAGGCGUCUGCAGGGGAGGACCGAACAGAAGACGUCAAGCGUAGCAUAGAUGUUUUCCUCAACGAGUCCAUACCAGUAAUUGAGAUGUAUCAGGAAAAAACUAUUAAGAUAUCGGCGGAAGAAGACCCUGAAGUCGUGUUCGAGUCAAUAGUGCCUUACAUCGACAAGAUCACUGCAAAAGCGUGAUGGUCGACUGCACCCUGUUAUUUCUUCAAAGCACAUGCUUCAGGACACAGCCCCAAUAUUUUUGGAUCAUGUAUUGUAAAUUUACGUAUUGGCGAUCAUACAAUACGUAUACACUAUAAUUACGCCAUCUGUUCUUGAUAUCGUCUGGGCUGGUAGGUGGCAUAUUUGGCCAUGCGCUAGGAACGCGUCACCGCAAACCCUUUCGGUACUGGACGUUCGUACUAUGCCUUGUUAGGUGUAUAAAAUAUUUCUUUCGUGGUGCACCCUUUCGUACCAGUCACAAUUAGGCUCGUUCGAUAUCCGUGGCCAUAUAUGUGUCGCGUACAGUAGAAGAUAUGUUCCCAGCUCACCUAUAGCUUCACUGUUCACAGGUUCAAGUUUUGCACUGUAUAAGGUAGUGUCAAGGACACCGUAGACGCCCACAAAUAAAGAUGCUGUUAUUUUGAA